AUGGCCGCCCACACAUUCGCUCCCGAGGACGCCCUGCCUCCACCAAAGUCAGCCGUCAUCUACAGCAGAGACGGCAGAAAGAGGAGUCUCAACAUCGAUAUGACCAAGCACUUUGCACCAUCCCUUCACGACCACUCGAUGCCCCCACCGCACCCUGCCCUUGCCUCUGCAGGAACAGGAGCAACACCACCAGGAGCCGCCCGUGAUGGCUCUUCUUCAGAGAUUCCUCAAGGACACAAAGGAUCCUCCUCCCCCAGCAACCACAACGGCCUCCUCUUUGGCAGCAUCAACGCCUCACACAAGAAAAAGAAAAAGAAACGCUCCAAGAAGAAGGCACUGGAAAGGAUCGAGGAGUCAGAGCAACGGAGAGGAGGACAAAACCACUCGCACCAGCAUCAACAUCAACAUCACGCCGACUGCCAGCACGACCAUGCACACCACCAUCAUCACGACUCGGAACACCAUCAUCACGACGACGAAGACGAGGACGACGAGGAUUUUUACUCGGACGAGGAGGUCUAUGAUCCCGAGACGCCUUCUAUGGCUUAUGCUUCAGGAGCAGGCGCAGCUAGCUCUGGAGGUUCAACUCACCCAGGCGCAUCAACAACAGCCGCAGCAUCCACCAGCCAAAGCGCCGGAUCGACCGCCUCCAAAAAGAAGAAGAAGAAAAAGAAAAAGUCGACCACCGCUAACCCACUGCCAUCUUUUGCCAGUAACGCCUACAACCAGCACAACCACAACCACAACCACAACCACAGCCAUCCCAACAGCUCCAAGGCGAUGGUUCCUUCUGGGCACCGCAACGGACAUGAGCAUGGAUCGAUGACCAAGCACUCUCACGACAGCCAUGCCCAAAACGACGGAUUCUGGCACUACUCGGACGCAGAGGAGCGUCAGCGGAUCCGCGAGUUUUGGUUCCAAUUGCGGGAAGAGGAGCGUAGAUCUCUAGUUCGAGUCGAGAAGGAAGCUGUCCUGAAAAAGAUGAAAGAGCAGCAGCGACACUCCUGCUCAUGCUCUCUCUGCGGGCGGAAGCGAACUGCGAUUGAGGAGGAGCUGGAGCUUUUGUACGACGCCUACUACGACGAACUGGAGCAAUAUGCCAAUCAGCAACAGCCAUCGGAUGGACACGCCCUCACAUAUGGUCAACAUGCCCCAGCCUUUGAGGAUGACGAGCUAUCGGACGAAUCCAGGGGCUCGGACGAGGAGGAUGACGAGGACGACGAAGAUGAAGACGAAGAUGACGAUGAGGACGAUGACGACGAAGACGAGGAAGAAGAUGAUGAGUAUGAGGACGAGGAUGACGAGGAAGAGUAUGAGGACGAAAUCAGCAAUCGCCAGGCGCCCUUCCCAUACCGUAGUGGCUUCCCCAACACACUUCAGGCCAAAGGCAACAUCCUGACAGUCGCGGAGGAUCUACUUGAAAAUGACGGCAAAAAGUUCCUCGAGAUGAUGGAUAGGCUUGCCGACCGCAAAGUUCAAAGAGACGACGACUUGAUGGACAACCGGGGUGUCUACGAAGAAUACGAUGAUGAAGACGAUGGUGAAUUCGAAGACGACGGCCCUGAAGAGGAUGCACUGACAAAAGAGCAGCGGAUGGAAGAGGGACGGCGCAUGUUCCAGGCCUUUGCUGCACGAAUGUUUGAGCAACGUGUCUUGAGUGCAUAUCGAGAAAAAGUCGCUCAGGAAAGACAGGAGCGCCUUUUGGCAGAACUAGAAGAGGAGUCACGUCAGGAGCAGCUUCGCGAGGAAAGGAAAGAACGAGAAAAAGAAAAGAAGCGUGACAAGAAGAGACUGCAGCGCCAACAAAAGGAGGAAGAAAGAGCAGCGAAGGAGGCCCAGCGGUUAGCAGAAGAGAAGCGGGUUCAGGAGGAACGCGAGCGCAAGCAGGAGGCCGAUCGGAAACGGAGAGACGAAGAACGGCGAGUCAAGGAGGAGGAGAAGAGGCUACGAGAGGAGGAGCGCAUCAAAAAGGAGGAAGAGCGGAAACGCAAGGCCAAGGAAGACAAAGCUCGUGAAGCCGAGAAGGAGCGCAGGCGGAAGGAGGAGCAGCUGGUCAAGGAGAAGGAAGAACAACUUGCCAAGGAGAGGGAGGAGGAACUUGCCAAGGAGAGGGAGGAGCAGCUUGUCAAGGAGAAAGAAGAGCAAGCCAAGAGGGCGGAGGAUGCACGGCGGCAGGAGCGCGAGGCGUACCUGAAGCAGCAGCUCGCCUUGGAGCAAUUGCGACAAGAAGAGUUGCGGUUGCAAGAACAGCUGGCUAAGCAGGAGCUGGCCUUGGAACUCGAACUCCAGCAGGAAGAAGAGCGACAACGAGGAGCCCUUGCAACUACGAUGGCUGCCACGACCACCAAUACCUCAGCCGCUCAGGAUACCAUUCCUCAAUCUCCCUCCCCCAAAUCGUCAUCACCCACUACAGGACUCACUAAUGCCAUUGGCGAAUCACAGAGUGGAUCGCCCAAGGUCUCUCCUUCACCAUUACCAGGUGGUGUCGGUGAGACUUUGAAAGACCAAUCUGCUUUGGCACAAGGCCUAUCGACCUCAGUUCACAACCCCUUGUGGUCCAACUCAUACCCAGCCCAGUCAAAUCCACAGGCUCAUGUUCAGUCCCAACACUCUCUUGCGCACCAGCACUCUAUGUUCCAACAGCCUGUUCAACAUGGCCUGUUCCGACCACCGACACACUUUGGUCAUAUUGGAGGCGAGCAUGACGCAUUUUCGUCGCGUAUCGGCCAUUCAGCUGGUCGCGGCGGUUUCUUGGCAGGACCCUCACACCCGAGCCAUUCACCCUUCCAAGUGGCCCCGCAGCACCCGUCAUCCUCCAGCCAGGUUCCUCAGUCGAUGGGUGGUCUGCGGUCACCAGGCCUAGGUCCCAUUGGGUACGGCCAAAACAACACUUCAACCAAGCAAAUGAUGACACUCAUGAACACCAACUCAUCAGCAGCUCACGACCUACCGAACAAAUCCGGCUCGCCUUUGCACAGCCCUUCAAGUCUUGGAGCUAUCGGGACGCCUAUCAACUCGUUUGGCCCCAUCUCACCAAUUGGCCACGCCAGGAGGACAUCCACGCCACAUGGACCUACAACGGACGCGAUCAAGCCCAUCCAGCGUCCAGUACCUAUUGGAAGGCCAAAAGAUUCUGCACAGAAUGCGAGUGCUGGAAUCAUCUCCAGCAGUUUCGAUGGUCUGACAUUGGGACUUUCCGGCCUCGCUGUUGGUGCCGAAAUCGAGAGACGAUCUAGAUCGCCUCCCCUGAACCUUACCGGCGGAUCUGCUCUGGAUUUGGAUGGCGUGGUUCUUGGAAACAAGGAUACAUUGCGGUUGACGAAUGGAGGAAGUGAGAGCCAUUCGUUCUCAAACGAUGCGACUGCAUCUACAGGACUGCGGCAACUAGAUCCAUCGGAGCCUCUGCAGAGCCUCAGCCCUUCGAACCCAGGCUCGUUCUUCACCAACUCGUUCUUUGGAGGCCGAAUGAACGGUCAUGUCCCUUUUAUGUCAACAGGAGAUUUUUCGACCUAUGGCCAGCAACAGCCUGGACAUGGAUCGGCCCCAUCUGCCACACACUUCAUGUCCCCCUAUGCGAUGAACAUCUCAUCGCCACCACAAAACCAGCUUCAACAUCUCCAGCAACAGCAGCAGCGCACAUCUCAACAGCAACAGCAGCAGCAACAGCAGCAAUUGUAUCUGCAACAGCAACAGCAGCAGCAGUACAUGCAGGAGUUGCAUUUACAGCAACAACAACACCAACUCCAGCAGCACCAGAUUCAGCAACAACAGCACCAGUUGGGUUUGAGCUCUCCACCCUUGAAUGGAUCCCAUACUUGGGGACGAACGAACUUUAUGCGGCCGCCUCACAUGAACGGUGGUGGGGCUAAUGUCUCGUCCACCAUGGGCUUGUCUUCGCCCCCCUCAAGGGCCCUAUCGCCGCCACCAGCUCUCAGCAACAGUGGAAACGUCAGCAAUGGCCAACACAGUCCCCUGAUGCCGAUCAGGCCACCCAACGGAGGAGCAAACAGUCAUAUGCAUCAACAACACUCGUCUCAUGGAUUUAACCACUUCCCAAGUCAUGACUUGGGAUUGUCUGUGGGGUCGGGUCGCAAGUCUGUGAGCCAUUUGCCGACGAUGCGGAUGCAUGGUGGAAUGGAUGGAAUUGACACGAGUCUCUUGUCUCCGAGGAACAACAGCGUCAGUGGAGUCGGACAGGCAAUGGAUAGCGACCGACAUCCGAAGGGAUUCUCGAGUGGAUUCGGAGCCCAUCUCUUGCAGCAGAAACAGCAACAACAACAGCAGCAGCAUCAUCCUCAUCAAUUUCACCAACAGCAUCCUUUGGGGUCGAUUGGCGAUGUUGGAGGUCCAACAGGCGGAGCCGUAGGUGGCGGCGGUGGAGCGCCUUGA